CGGGGGCGGGCUCGGCGGCGGCAGCGGGCUCGGCGGUGGCAGCGGGCUCGGCGGUGGCGGCGGCGGUGGCAGCGUGCUCGGCGGCGCGUUCAUACUCGACGGCUGGUUCGUUUUCCGCUGAUUCACCAGACAUAAGCGCAUCGUAAAAUGCCUCGUAAUCAAUUAAUUUUGGUUCUUUUCGUUGCUUGAUCAAUUUCAAACUAUUUUCAUCAACUAAAAAAAAGCCUUUUAAACGACAUCUCUUAACUUUCUUUUCAAUAAGUUAAAUACUUUGUCGUCUAGCUUUAAUAUCAGCUCCUUUCUCUUGGCACAUGUAACCCCUUUUCUGAGCAAACACCUACAGAUUUCUGUGUUGUUUCUUAUCAAGCUGAUUUCCGACUGAGCCAUAUCUAUAUUUCCCAACCUAAUAUUAUACACCACCUCGCAAAGAGCUCUGAUUAAAUCCUUGUCCAAGUGCGAAAUUAACUCACGCCUCUCCUCGGACGGCAUAUUCAAGAUUCUAUUCAACGUUCUCAUUAAUUUCGAUUUCUUUCCCAUGGUAUUUUUCUGCUGGGACGAAAUAAGUAGGAUGUUCAGACGUUAUGUUUGUGCUAAAUCUUAAAUUUUCUGGACAAUCGUUCGAGAGGUUUAUCGCUAAAUAGCCGUGCUUUGUUCUGGUAGCAUGUUUAUAUAUGCUCUGAACGAGCUUUGUAUCGUAUGGAAGCUGACGUGCUAAGGUGUUAAAGCUCAAGGAAUCCCUAUGAUUGACGAAUGUAAUGAUAUUUUUGGAAUUUAAUGAAACAAUUCUUAGCUUAGAAUUUAGGAAUAAAUAUUGUAGCAAGAAUAUAACGGUGAUAUUAAGAUGGUGUGACUCUCUGACAAACAAAGAAGCUGCCAGAUUGAUGCCUUUGUCAUGCGAGUCGUCAAUCACUAUGAUACGAUUCAAAUUGUCAUCUGGUAAACUUUCAGGGAGACCUUGAAUGAAUUUUAUGUGUGGAAAAUCGUCAAAACAUCUAUUAUAUAUAUGAUAGUAAUAUAGGAUUUCUUUGAUUUCCUUGUCAAAAUAUCUAUUAGGGUUUGACAAAAGCGAUAGCGUUAGAAAUGUUUUGCCACAACCAGAAUUUCCGUUGAUAAGCAUCGUUGUAGGAUGGGUAUAUUUAUAAAACAUUUUUGCACGAGUAACGACUCGCAUAUGAGGGUUUUCUUGCACGAUCACUUCUUUUAUAUUCGUGUAUGUGGUUUUUUGCAUGAUCACUUCUUCUUAUGUGGGUUUUUUUUGCACGAUCACUUCAUUUUGUAAUCACAAAUUAAUGAUUGAAUUUUCAGGUAAACCUGCCUGCUGCGAUUGUUUUGUUAAAUCUCGCACUACAUGUCAAGAGAGAAGUUGGUGCAUUUCUCGCACUAGUAAUCGAAGGAUUUCGCUCCAUUGGCGUAAAUGAAAAUGCGGCCAGAGCAAUUUACUCUGCAGGCGGAGUGCCGUAUGUGACUCCUGACGGUGUGCCAGGGGUUUUUUUCCCCUGCUGCAAUAUAUUCCUGUCGUGUUUUGACCCGCAGAGAAUUUGCCAGUUUCACUGGGGGCUUAGUCCGCAGUGUCCAUUCAUGAAUGCUCGAUUUCAUUUCCGACGUGAGAUGAACUUGAACGAUGUGAUGACGGAGAGCUUGUUCGACUGGGAAGUCGUCAUUCCGAGAGUCAAUUUGAUUUUCAAAUCAACGUGCUAUGUUUGUCUCGUCAAAAGCGCCGAUGUCAUCGUGCAAUGCGGACAUGCAGCCUGCCUGCUUUGUUUCCUGAGAGCUCUUACUAAAGCUUGCAUGAUGUGUAGAUUCGAAUACAAGUUUUGCUACCUCUUGCCUGGCAGCUUGGCGGAAUUGCCGGAGCCUGUGGAAGAAAAUGUUGACAAUACACCUCUGGUUCUGGACACUGAUCAUAUGGGCUUUCGACGUGAUCGCUUAGAGGUUGGUGCGCGGUUGAUGAUACACUUGCGUGAUAUUUCCGUAAAUCCUCCACCGCAACAUGUUACCGUUGAACAGAUCAUGGAAGUGCGUCGGAAAAUAUUCCACAAUAAUCCUAUACCGAACGCAAGCUUACACGAGGAUUUUGGAUGUUUGAACAUGGCUCGAUACACCCCUGCCGUCAUUACAAAAAAUACCAAUGCAAUAUUAAACUCGGCUCGGGUCAAGGCUGGAGACAAAUUUCAUCACAUAAAUAUGCAGGCUUAUGCAAAGAUUUUUCAAGAACCUCGCACCGUCGCCUUGACUGAUUACGAGGAAUUCAUGUACAGAGUAACAUUCAAAAACCAAUUCAACCCAAACCGCCGCCAACUAAUGCAGCAGAGUGCGAAAAUGGCAUUCAACAAUUACUUGCGCUACUUGGAUGUGAACGAUGAGGUGAUUGAGAUCGAAGAUGGAGAAAUUUUGGAUGAUGAACCGAUGGGAGCUCAAGAUGCGAAUGAUGAACCUUCCGCUGCUGUUGAUCUACGUUGUGAGCCUUCAAGCAGUGGAGCGUGUCCGCCUUCGGACCGUGAAGAGCAGGUUUGUGAGGCUGGUCCUAGCGGUUUGCAAAAGGAGGUUGGAGCUAGUGAUUUGCAAAAGCUCGUCAAACCAGACAGCACUUGCUUAUCUGACUCACCUUGCAUGGACGAAUCAGAUGGCAUGUGCUCAACCGAUGACAGUGGAGAUGAGGUAUAAAUAACAACACCGUUCGCUGGAAGACACAUCCGCCAUGCAGAACACGAGCGAUCUACCCGCGCAAGAGGUUUUGAUCCGUCGGCGAAAUCUAAAUUACGAACUCAAUUCGGAUAAUAUUUUUGUUGGUAAAUCAAUAUUUGGCGGAAAUUUCACCGACUACCUUAUUCAUAAUGACGAUAAACAUUUAUCUAUUGAAAUAUUUUUAUCUAAUAACAGGGAAAGGGUUUUAAAAAUAUUAAAAUCAGAGUUGUUUUUGCUUAAAUCUUUAAAGUUUAAUUUGUUUAUGGUGUGUGUUUAUACUAAUCCAUUAGAUGUAACUAAAGAUGCAAAUUUCAAAUCUUCUAAUUCAGCUCUCUUCCACGAAUCUGAUAUUAUUGAAAAUGUUGAAAAGCACUUUGCAAAGCUGGUUGAAGAGAGUGAAUCUUAUGCUUUUAAGGGUAGUGGGUUUUCUUUUACUCGAGUUAAAUGUUUAGAGAUUAGAGUUAGCAAGUAUAGAUUUAUACCUGGUAGUUCAUUUUUACCAUUACCAAAAAAAUUCUUUUAAAAAAAGCAGUGAUCAAUCUGAAAUGUAAAACAAAUUGUGACAAGUGUUUUAAACACUGUAUUCUGGCCAAAUUUUACAAUACAAAAAAUGGAUGUGUAAACAGAACAGCCGAGGCUGGAUUAGAGCAUUUGUUUAAUUUUGAUAUUGAAUUUCCUGUCACAAUAAAAGAAGUUAAAUAUUUCCUGCGAUUAAAUUCACAUGUUUCAAUUAAUAUUUUUACUUUGGAUCGAGAAUUUCAUGUAUUUCCUGUAAAAACUUCGUUUGAAAAAAAGCAAUAUCAUUUUGACCUCUUGUAUUUGACAAAAGGUGACAAUGCGCACUGGGUCUUAAUUUCAAAUCUUAGCCGUCUUGUUUCGAGCAUGUUAAAUAAAACAAUGCAUAAGGUGUAUAUUUGUGUAAGAUGUUUAAUGAAUUUUGAUAAGCAG